AUGAACGCGGAGUGGGGGACGGGUGGUGGGCGACGGAGUUGUGGGCGACGGGUUAGGUGGGCAGAGGGAAUUGAUGGGCGACCAGUGGUGGUGGGCGACGUGUGGUAUGAUGUGGGCGUAACAGCUGGUGAUUGGGUGUUCACCGGCAUCACUGUCGAUAAACGUGAAAUCUUCGACAGCAAGCGCCCGCUGGUCCGAACCGCGAGUAACCACGCGCGCGCGCGUGUGUGUGUGUUGCAGGUGUGGUUCCAGAACCGUCGCGCCAAGUGGAAGAAGCGCAAGAAGACGACGAACGUAUUCCGCACGCCCGGCGCGCUGCUGCCGUCGCACGGCCUGCCGCCCUUCGGCUCCAUGUCGGACGGGCUGUGCUCGCCCGCGGGCAUGUUCGGUGGCGCCGACAGCCGGUGGGGCGUCUCGGGCAUGACCUCAGGCCUGGGCCAGCUGGGCCAGAGCGGUGUCACAAUGGGCGGCUUCGGGCAGUCGCUGGGGCAGCUCAACCAGGGCUCGCCGCUCACCUCGGGGCUCAACUCCAGCCUGCCCAUCACGUCCUCCAUGUCCUCCAACGGCUCCACCGUCUACCAGGCGCACUACGGCCUCAACACGCUGGAUCCGGUGUUCUACGGCCACGACGGCAACGACGCCCUCAACUGAGGGGCGGCCGCGCGCGGGAGCGACGGCGGGGGCGGGGGCGGCGCGGACCAGCGC